CGCUCCAAGUCAGCAAGCAAUAACCCCCUUCCAUUUUAACGGUGUCGGCGAUUCACCUCUCCCAACAUCUUUUCUCCCCCAUUUCCCUUUCCCAUUCCCAUUCCCAAACACAAAAUCUCAUUCAUAUCUUUUUCCAUUCUUUUCCUCCCAUUACUUGAUUUCAAUUAAACCAUCAAAUUACGCUAAUCAUGGCGGCGGCGCGCCGGCUUCGUGAGCUUCAAUCGGAAGCCUCAAACAAGAUCUGCGUCGACUGUUCUCAAAAGAAUCCACAAUGGGCCUCCGUUUCCUACGGCAUCUUCAUGUGUCUAGAAUGCUCCGGCAAACACCGUGGCCUCGGCGUUCACAUCUCCUUCGUCCGAUCUGUUACCAUGGACUCAUGGUCUGAUCUCCAGAUCAAGAAAAUGGAAGCUGGUGGUAACCGUAAUCUCAAUUCGUUUCUCUCUCAAUACGGAAUCCCUAAGGAAACGGAUAUUAUUACUAAGUAUAAUUCCAAUGCUGCUUCGAUCUACCGCGAUCGGAUUCAGGCUCUUGCUGAAGGUCGGUCGUGGCGGGAUCCGCCGGUUGUUAAGGAGAAUGCUAAUACUCGAUCUGGAAAGGGGAAGCCGCCCCUGGCUGGUUCUAAUGGAGGAGGUUGGGAUGAUAAUUGGGGUAAUGAUAAUGAUGAUAGUUAUGGAUCUCGCGGCGGGGGUGAUUUUAGGAGGAAUCAGUCGACUGGUGAUGUUAUGGGGUUUGGUGGAGGCGGGAUUGCACCGACGAUGAGGUCGAAGUCGACGGAGGAUAUUUAUACGAGGACGCAAUUGGAGGCUUCUGCUGCUAAUAAGGAAGGUUUUUUCGCCAAGAAGAUGGCGGAGAAUGGAGCGAGACCGGAGGGGCUUCCUCCGUCGCAGGGCGGGAAGUAUGUUGGAUUUGGAUCUAGUCCCAAUCCUUCUCAGAGGGUGACUCCUCAAAGUGAUUAUUUAUCUGUUGUUUCUGAGGGAAUAGGUAAAUUAUCUAUGGCUGCUCAGUCUGCAACCAAGGAGAUCACUGCCAAGGUGAAGGAUGGUGGUUAUGAUCACAAGGUCAAUGAAACUGUCAAUAUUGUAAGUCAGAAGACAUCAGAAAUCGGACAAAGGACAUGGGGUAUAAUGAAAGGGGUCAUGGCAUUGGCCUCACAGAAGGUUGAGGAGUUCGCCAAAGAUUACCCGAAUGAAAAUUCUGAUAACUGGCAGCGAAAUGAAAAUAAUAGGCGUGAUUUCAAUCAAGAGAAUAGAGGCUGGAAUUCUUCUACCAGAGAAGGACAACCUUCAUCAGGUGGACAAACUAAUACUUAUCACUCAAACUCUUGGGAUGAUUGGGACAACCAAGAUACAGGGAAGGAAGUACAACCAGCUAAAGGAUCAGCUCCCCAAAAAAAUGAUGAUUGGGCUGGCUGGGAUGAUGCCAAAGAUGAUGAUGGAUUUGAUAAUAAAUCUUAUGGUCAUAAUGGGAUGUCAGGUUCUGCCUGGACAGGAGGAGGCUUUCACUAAGGUUUUGCCAGUCUUUUUUAAAUGUCAAUAUUUUGUCGUAAUUGACAAAAAGACAAUAGUUUUCAGACUGGUUUGGUGGCAUGCGUGCCAAGCAGGGUGUCAUUUAACAUGGUGAACGUUACCAGACUGUCAACUAUAGGUUUGUUAGUCACUAGUAAAAUCAGCCUCCAUAUGUGCAGGACGGAUUAAUUCUGAGGUUAUUGUAUUGUCUAUAAGUUUUUAUUUUUUAAUCAUUCUCCCAUCCUAAUGUAAUUUUUGUUGUUGUCAUUUUUGGGGAACUUCUGUAUGAUUGGAAACAAUGUUUUCCAGUAAAAGUUCCAAAGGAAAGGGGGCAAAUUGCCCAAAUUUUCUUUUACCUGAACUUGUGAUGUAACAUUAUUGUGACAUGAAAAUUUAUUGAUUGUUUUGAAUCUAAAUCUUUCUUUGCCUUA